AGUACAACCCGAUUUCUGUACAAAUUCAAUGCAGUAAUGCGAUCGUUGUAAAUAGGUGUUGUAAAUCUUUUUGUAUUUAGUGUUUACUGAUAUACUAUCUAAUAUAAAAGUGAGGUAGCCAUUUUUAUGAACAUUUCAUGUAUUUUAGAAAGGAAAAAAAACUGGGUUCCAUAUCCAUAGGGUAAUCACGGACUGUGGGGUUAUGUCAACUUCACUGUAUCCCAAGUUGGUUGCCGUGUCUGCAGCGACGUUCAGAUGUUGACAGUGCGCGGAUAUGGCCGGCAGUGUUUGGAGGAGUGGCUGGGUGCUUGAUUUUUUGAAACGAAUUUGUAUUUCUUCGAAACGUGGAGGUCAAGAACGUUUGCAGAUGUCUUCAACUCGUGCAUUUGUGCUAAAUGGCGGUUCCUCGAAAUCACUGAAUAUCAUAACCUGCAAAAGGAAUGACAGAUUGUCACAUUACUGUGUUCACCGACACCUAACCCCAGUGUACACUGUACAUCACGCUGCAUUUUUAUCAGCAAAAGGAACUUCUGUAGCGAUGCAAGUUCAGGCCCCGAGAAAUUUCCUCAUAUUAUGAAUUUUCCGGAAUUGGUGUGGCCAAGUCUUACGAAGAGUUUGAAAAAUUGGAUACUUGCAAAUUUGAUAAUCAGGCCUUACUUUGAUCAGGAAUUCAAUAUUCAGGACUUCGUACUGGGGUCAAAGCAGGCAGUUGAAACAGUGUCAGCUUAUUUGCCAAAAGGUGAUUUUGAAAAUCUGGAGGGCUUGGUGCACGAGGACACUAUAAAAGAACUGAAAAAAAAUAUUACCUCGUUUUCACUGAAACAUCGACAAGAGUUGGCAGUCAACAAGGAGGAUAUAUACUUUUCAUUCCCAUAUCAGAUUGGUGUAAUGUUCAGUGAUGAUGAUGAAAACCAAAAGAGAUUUGUGGAAAUAACAAUGGUGUACCAUGUUCUCCGUGGCCUUCAAGAAUUGAAAGAACAAGGCAUAGUACCUCCAAUGAACAUGGGACUGUUACCUGAAUACAGAGAUAAAAUGUUUAUUUGCAAUUACCGUUUUAUUAGAGAGUUUACUAAAGGUGUUGAGUGUCAGUGGGUUAUAAAUGUAUUGAAUCAUUUUAAACUAGCAGAUUAUACUUCGUAAAGAAAAUUGUAUUUGAUAAGUAUAAAUGACAGAAAUCAUUUUGAGAACUUUUUUAUGAAACAUAUAUACACAAGGUUUUUUUUUUUCUUUAUCACCUUAAAGCCUGUACUGUUGCUCCAGUUCAGCUUCAUGUGGAUCAUACCAAAGCCCAGCUGGAACAAUUAAAGGAGUGCCCAAGUCUAACACUGCAGAGUUAAGUAAUUUUCUUGUAGUACGAUCGUAGAAUGUUAUACCAAGCGAGAUAGGCCCCUGUAACAGGAAAAGGGAAAGACUGAAAAUACUCAUGAGGACCUUUGUAUACAAAUGGCGAUGUACUUGAAGACAAUAAUGUACCUUCACUUUCUGAAGUCCUGCAAUUGUAAGUAUGUAGGAUCCAUUUUCUUCUUUCACGAAUCGCUGAACUCCCUCAAACUGCACAUAAAACAGCAGUAAUGGUUUCGGUUUUAAAUAUGUUUUGUAUGUGUCACUUAAUAAUCAUUUCCUAAAAUCUGUUUUGAAUAAAUUAACUUUUUAUUAAAAGUUCA